UUGGCCAAACACGUGUUUCACUGGGACAAUAGUGAGUGGUGCACACUUCCUUCUACCAGCCACAUAACAAAAAAAAACAAGUCCCAUUUAAGAGUUGCUGGUGUAACAAUAGGAAGAAUAUAUUCCACUCCUCUCUUGUACACGCGGCUUAUGAGAUGAACGCUGGUCAAGAAGAACGUCCCCUUCAGCAGCAGGAGGAUCCACAGCCCCCCCACAUUAAAGAGGAAGAGGAGGAUCUCUGGGUUACUCCGGAGGAAGAGUUUCUUCCAGGGCAGGAGGAGGCGGAUCUCAGCAAGUUUCCACUGACUGUUGUCUCUGUGAAGACUGAAGAGCAUGAAGACAAACCACCUGAGUCCUCACAGCUUCAUCACAGUCCAAACGUCUGUGAAAAACAUCGUCCACCUGAGCAGCAGGAGAGUUCCUCCAGUAUGGAGCAGAAGAGGUCACAGCACCUUCACUUUAAAGAUGAAGGAAAACAGCGGCUGCCCCCCCACUUCAUAGAGGAAGACAAGAGACACCUCAUCAGUGUGAAGAGUGAAGAUGAUGAGGUCAAAGGUGAGAGUGAGGAGAGGGGAGGGGCGGAGCCUCCAAGCAGCAGCUCAACUCAACACAUGACAACAGAAGCUGAUGGAGACCACUGUGGAGGAUCACAAGCAGACAAGCUCUUAGCUCCACUAUCAGAUAGUGAGGACACAACGUCACACUCUCCUGACACUGAUGAUGAAGACUCUAAAGACGAUAAGACAUGUCACACUGACAACACACACUUCACAUGUUCUCUCUGCGGCAAAACGUUUGGUAACCGUCGCAAUAUGAAAAGACACAUGAAAAUACACACCGGAGAGAAACCUUUCUCGUGUUCAAUCUGUAGUAAAUGUUUUGUUGUAAAUCGACAGUUAAAAAUACACAUGAGAAGACACAUUGGAGAGCAACCUUUUUCCUGCUCAGAAUGCGGUGAAAGUUUUGUAUUAAAUCAAAGUUUAAAACUACGCAUGAGAACACACACUGGACAAAAACUUUUUUCGUGUCCAAUCUGCGGUAAAGAUUUUACUCGAAGGGACCCUUUUAAAACACACAUAAGAAUACACACUGGAGAAAUACAUUUUUCCUGUUUAGAAUGUGGUAAAGGUUUUAUAAGUCAUCAAACUUUAAAAGUACACAUGAGAACACACAUUGGUGAAAAACCUUUUAUAUGUCCAGUAUGUGUUAAAAGUUAAAUAGAAAGUCAGCAAUUAUAAUCACACAUGAGAACGCACUCUGGUAAAAAAAACAUACUCCUGUUCGAGCUGCAACAAAAGCUUAUGUCACCUAAAAUCUAUUAAAGUACACAUAAGAACACACACAGGAGAGAAAGUGUUGAGUUGCAGUGUGUGUGGUGAAAGAUUCUCUUCUAAGUCCCAGUGUAAGAAACACAAGUGUGCUGGUGAGAACAGCAGCAGCAAAUGAAGAUGCAGGAUUUGAAAUAAACUGUCAAAACUUGAACUUUGACUUUCUAACAACAUCAGCACAUAUAACAUGUGUGACAUCAUUGUUGUGUGUGUAACACAAUCUUGUUAAUAUGAUUCUAACAUUUAUAGAUUAGACACUUCAGAUUAGUGCUUUUAUCUCAGUCAAGUACAUGAGUUAAUAUACACAUUUGUGUACUUUAAAAUGAACACAACAAUUUGACUGAAAAGGUGAGAAUAAACAGUACAUAAAAUAUGUUACAUACAAUAAACAUUUUAAGUGUAGUUAUUCAUAAUUCAUUUUUAUACUUAUUUAUAAUAGUGUUUUAUAUACGUUUUUUGAAAUAAUGACGUGUUACAUUUUUAUUUUCUAAUUGUAGAUGAUUCCAUAGAUGAACUCCUUUAUAUGAUGUACAUAUUUGUUUUACAUGUGUUCAUACCUUUGCUUUUGAGUACACAUAAAUCCCUCUUAGUUCAUAUUUACUGGUUCACAUCUGAAACAUCUUCUGGACCACUUCUGGAAGCAUAUUAUUAUUUACUUUAUACAUCAUUUGAACAGUUGUCUUUUUUACAAGAUCAUUUACUUUUAAAAUGUGUGACUUAAUGAAUCAUUUGUUGGGUCUCUAUAAUCCAUUCUAUUAAUUAUCUUUAAUUACUCUCUUGUGUAAUAUUAAUAUUGUAGUGUGAUUGUUUUAUAUGUAUGUCCCCAGACCUUUAUGUAAUAAACAAUGUAUGCUUUAACUAAA